UGCCAGUUACUGACACUUGGGGGUGGAUAGUUAGGGGUGCUUUUGGGGAGAUAGGUAUAUGCUGGGACAAUUAUACAAAGAGCUGCAAACAUAGACCAAUCUCAUAGUACACAGUUAUAGAGAGGAGGACAGAAUAUUCAGUUAUACUUGGGUUAUCUACUGUAUGUGCUUGUGUCCCUGCCACCUGACUGAGGGAAGGUAACUGAGUAGGUGCAGAUAUCUCCCAUAAGUUAUGGUGCAACAUAAAAUGCCAACCUAGCUCUAAUGUACUAUAGAGCCCCUCACAAACUGAAUGAUCAGCUGCUAUAAUAUAAUACCCCUGUACCCCACAACCUUCCAGCUGCUAUCCUCCUGGCUCUACACUUCUCUAGGAUCUGGCUCACCCCCAGUUGUCUCAUCCUUUCUCUUUAUCCUCCUCCUCUCCUCCCUCCCUGCACUACCUGCUUCUCCCCUUAACUUCCAGUCUCUCUCCCUGUGCCUUUGCUCACUGCUCGCUGACUGACAUCACUUGUAUUAUUCCUACGCUCUCCCCGUGCCUCUCAGUCCCAGGGAUUUCUCUCUUCCUCGUCUUCUGCUUAUUAACUGGCACCUAUUCCUUUCCUGGUCCAAUCUAACUAGCCUCCCUCACUUCUGGAUCUUCUCUGCUGCCUUCCAGUGGAAUAAUCCCAGAUGAUCCCUCCCCGCUCUCUUCUCACUUUCUUCCUACUUUUGGAGAUGGUAAAGUCAGGUGCCAAGAAGCAGAGCUCGGCUGUCUCUCUGUCCGACACCAUACAGAAAUGGAGAGAAUAUCAGCAGCAGUGUCUGAACAGCUUGCAGCAGAUGCCCAACUUACUGACUGGCAGGUUUUGCAACAGAACUUUUGAUGAUUACGCCUGUUGGCCAGACGGUGUUCCUGGAACUUAUGUGAAUGUCACGUGCCCUUGGUACCUGCCCUGGUCACACAAAGUGACCCAUGGGAGAGUUUUUCGAUACUGCACCCCCGAGGGCAAUUGGCUGUUAAAGGAGAAUUCUAGUGCCCCCUGGAGAAACCUGUCAGAAUGCGAGGACAGAUCACUGAAGGUGCCCCCAGAGGAACAGCUGUCAUCAUUGUCUAUUAUUUACACCAUCGGGUACUCCCUCUCUUUCUCUGCUCUUAUUAUAGCCACCAUCAUCCUGGUGAGAUUCAGGCAUUUGCACUGCACAAGAAAUUACAUUCAUCUGAACCUCUUCACCUCCUUUAUCCUGAGAGCCAUUUCAGUGUUUAUAAAGGAUUCGGUGCUAAAGUGGAUGUAUAACUUGGCCAUGUAUGACAAUCAGUGGGAUGGACUUGUCUCCUAUCAGGAGUCCUUGAGCUGCCGGCUGGUGUUUGCAAUGAUGCAGUAUUGUGUGGCGGCCAAUUACUACUGGCUCCUGGUGGAAGGCAUCUACCUACACACACUGCUCGUGCUCUCGGUGUUCUCAGAGCAACGGCUCUUUAGACUUUAUCUCUGUAUUGGAUGGGGUGUCCCGAUGCUGUUUGUCGUCCCCUGGGCCAUAGUCAAGUACCUGUAUGAAGACAACGGCUGCUGGACUCGGAAUUACAAUAUGAAUUACUGGCUAAUCAUUCGGCUCCCUAUUCUUAUGGCGAUCGGGGUGAAUUUUGUGAUCUUUAUCCGAGUGAUUUGUAUCAUCAUCUCUAAGCUGCAGGCCAACCUCAUGUGCAGAAACGACACCAAAUGCAGGUUGGCCAAGUCCACUCUGACUCUGAUCCCCCUGCUGGGCACCCACGAGAUCAUCUUUGCCUUUAUAACUGAUGAACAUGCAAAGGGCGUCCUGCGCUACAUCAAGCUCUUCUUUGAGUUGUCCUUCAGCUCCUUCCAGGGGCUGAUGGUGGCCAUUCUUUACUGUUUCAUCAACAAUGAGGUCCAAACUGAGUUUCAGAGAAGAUGGGAGAGAUGGCGGCUGGAACAUUUUUACAGCAACAGAGACAGCAGCAUGAAGCCAAUCAAAUUCCCAGCCAACAGCCUGAGCAGUGGGGUCACCGUUGGGAGCAGUGUUUAAUUCUGCACCUUUGAAGGAGACUGAUGGACCCAUGAGCAGAGUCGGCUUAUGAAGAUGGCACUUUCACGUGGAGGCACCAAAGGAGAUUUCAUAAGCAACCAGAUCCAUUCAUUACUUGCUCAAGACUUCCCCCUCCCCAUGCCUUUUUCUCUUGGGGUGCAAAGUUCACGUUGUGUGGUGUUCUCUCUUUCAGAGCUUCUAGAGCUUUGGGAUCCAGAGAUCAAGGAGAUGGAGAACUCAUUUGCCAUGUAAAGGAAAUGUUUCUCAGGUAUUACACUGGGCAAAUAGUGCAAAAUUCUUGACCUGCGGCGGGAAAACCAAUCACUUGGACAUGGAUUAAAUUCCAAAACAUUUCCAAAGGGGAGAAGUUUUUGUUUAAUGUCAAACUUUUGAGGGACAUUUUUUGUGUACCAGUGAUGGACUUUCCCAUGUCCCAAUAAGAUCAAGCUCUACGUGAGGAUCUUCUCAAUGUAGCUGUAAGAGGCUUCUUGAUCAACCAGUGACUGGUGAUUAUAUUUUCAUAUCAGGAAGAGACUUCUUUGUUGGGAGAAAUAGAAUGUAAGAGGGAGAUUGCUUCACCGUCGACAUGUUCCAUUAACCCAAGGUUGCAGAAUUUUGAGUUGGGUUCCCUCUCAAUUGCUUCCAAGGCCAAGAACAGUGCGUAAAGUUGGAAAAGUCAAGAGGACAAUAAAUAGAGCAAAGGUCCAUUUCCACCCGAUAACAAAUAGAAUUAAUUGUAUUUUAUUUCUUGAAUUAUUUUCAAGUAACAAUAGAAGGUGGACUGUGCAUCGUUGUGCUCAUUGCAACAUACAACCUACAGCACUAGGUCAGAGCCAUGAGAAGAAACUUCUGUUUUGCAUUUCUGUUGUCAUAAAUCUCAGGCAUAAAACUUGGGCUAAGAAAACUCAAAUCACAUCACCGCAUUGAGCGACAAGACAUUACUACGGAUUAAAGGAACCACUGCCUGGCAUUUACCUGCAGAAUAGGCAAAUCUCCGAACAUUGAAAUAUGUGCCCGCUGGUGUCCUGUUUAUGGUACUGCAGGAACAGAAUUACAUUUAGUCCAGUGGGGGAACAGAUGUCGGAAUAGUAAAAGGAAAACUGUGAGGAUGUUGUUUUCUCUUGUUUGGCCAAAAGGUAUAAAAUAUACAUUAAAAAGUUUA